CGGGCCGGGCGCGGCGGCGGCGGUUUCCAGCCGGACGCUUUGUGCCGCGGGACCGCGUCAUGGCGCCUCCCGCGGCCUGAGCGGCGGCUCCCGCGGCCGGGCGCCACCAUGUUCGCCAAGGCGUUCAGGGUGAGGGCCAGCACCGCCAUCAAGGGGUCCGACCGGAGAAAACUACGAACCGAUGUCGCAGCAGCUUUUCCUAACCUUAGUGCUGAACAGUUGACUGAGUUUAUUCCAAACAAAGAAGAGCUUAAUGUCAUCAAAAUAUACACUCACAAAGGGGAGGCUGUUACUGUUUUUACAAUCAACAAGAACCCAAUUUUGUUUGAAAUUGAAAAAGCUCUGUAUCCAACAGUGUAUACUCUGUGGGCCUAUCCAGAUCUUCUUCCUGCUUUUUCAACAUGGCCCCCAGUGCUACAGAAACUAGCAGGAGGAGCAGAUCUGAUGCUGCCAGGAGUUGUAGUGCCAUCUUCUGGCUUUCCUCAAGUAGAGCGGGGCACACUCUGUGCUGUCACCCUCUUGGGAAACAGAGCUCCAGUAGCAGUUGGAAUUGCCACUAUGUCCACUGCAGAGAUGCUUGCUGCUGGAAUGAAAGGGAAGGGGUUUGCUGUGUUGCAUACUUACAUGGAUCAUCUCUGGGAAUUUGGUGACAAAUCUUAUCCUCCUACCUUAGCUCCCUUGGUAACAGAUCCUGCUGAAAAGGACAGUGCUGAAGAGGAAGAGAUGGAGGGGCAAGAGCCUUUCAUCAGCUGCACUGCUGACCCAUUGCAGCAUGUGGAUAUCGGUGAUUUGAGCCUGAAGGAGCAAGACAGUUAUGCAAGGCUGGUGGGAAAAGAGGAGCUCAGUGAGAACAGAGCUGCAGAAACAGCUGAAGAUGACAAUACAGAGGUUCAGCAGGAAACUGAGGACAGCAGGACACCACAAGAGCAAAUGGAUGAGUUAUUUAAUCAGUGCUUUUUUCAUGCUUUAAAAUACAAAGUAAAGAAGUCAGAUCUCCCUCUGCUGACCAGCACAUUUCUGCGUAGCCAUAUGUUCUCAUGCUGCCCUGCUGGACAACAGCUGGACAUAAAGAAAUCAAGCUAUAAGAAGUUCUCCAAAUUCCUGCAAAGUAUGCAGCAUCAGAAGAUCUUGCAAGUGAAGGAGCUGAACAAAGGUGUAGAGAGCAUUGUGGAAGUGGACUGGAAACAUCCGGACAUUAAAGCAUUUUUAGUACCUGAAGGAUUUUCUUCAGCCUCUGUUGCCCAAGAGAGCAAGAGUGAAGAUAGAGAACAAUUGUACCAUGCUCCUGAAAUCAUACCACUUUAUGGGAUAUCAGCAAAAAUGCUCCCACUCUUUCAGGAAUCUGGACACAGAAAAGGCAGCAUCCUGUCAAGCAGUGAGGUGAGAAACAUCAUCAUUAACUACGUGAAAACUAAUGAGUUGGUUGAUGAAACAAACAAAAACUUUGUAAAAGUGAAUGCCAUUUUGUGCGACUGCCUGUUAGAUAAAUCAGAACAAGAUGAAAUCACAAACCUUAAAUGGGAUGACCUCCUGAGCAGGUGCCUUGAACGACUGCAGCCCUUGCACCAGGUGACAUUUUUUGGACAAGAACCUGUUGUGAGGAAAGGAAACAUUGAGCCCAUCAGCAUAACCAUAGCACAGAGAUCAUCAAAUAAGAAGGUGACAAUUAUCAAGAACCUUGAGCUCUAUGGUCUAGACCCCCAGUGUGUUGCCAACAUCCUGCAACAGAGAGUACAGGCCAGUGCCACAAUCACCCCAACACCAGGAACAAAAGACAGGGUUCAGGUCCAGAUCCAAGGCAAUCAAGUCCACCAUCUGGCCAAGAUGCUGCUAGAAGAAUACCAGCUACCUCGGAAAUAUAUUCAAGGCCUUGAGAAAGCUCCAAAGCUUGGCCGGAAGAAGUAGGACAAAAACCUAGUCACAAAACUGAGAACAUCUGUGUCAGGGCCAGCCAGCAGCCGGAGAUACAAGGGAUACUCUGUUAGAGGGAGCUUCUGGAAGAGAACUGCAAAGGAAGACAUCCACAGUGAGCCAUUGGGUACCAGGGCAGUUAACUUGAACAUGUACUAGUGGUUCAUACUGCUUAGGAUCAUGAUGGAAAUAGCAGCUAUCUGACGUGUUUAACAAUCUGUAUUUUAGGACCUAAGUGGAUUAACAGGACUUUAACCCCAUUUUGAAACUCAUAAUUCCUAAUUAACUUCAAAAAACACAGGAGCAGUUUAACAUUUUCUGGACAUCAGGCCAUUUAUUGAUACAAAAUUUAGACAUGACUGUCUGACACACCACUGCAAGUCCUAGACCAGAUGCUUUUAUAGCACACUUUUCAUAAGAAAUUUUGCCAGCCUGAUCCUCAGUGAAUGACAUGUUUGAAGUUCACUUUAACAAAAUAGAAAGUCUACUUAGAGUAAAAAUACAGGCAGAUAACUCUUAAUUAAAGCACUGGUUUGAACCACUGGAUAUCUGGUGAUUCUGUCUGUCACAGACACUCUGGACCAGCAUGGGUAGCACAGCUAUUUUUUCUAAAUCCAGUUUCACAAAUGGAGAACAGAACUCUACUUCUACCACCACUGGUCUAUAGUUCUUUUUACUCAAUAGCCUUCGGAGAGCAGGAGAGGACAGUACAACACCUAGCGUAAAAGGGCUUAGUUAGGGAACCCAGUGUUUCUGUAACACAAAAUAGUAAGCAAAGCUAUCAGCUGUAGAAAAGCUGACACAUCCAAGAAAAACAGUUCUACCUUCCCACCUCUGUUUUGCUACUCUAAGGCAUAAACUCACCUUGCCCAUCUUUCCUCAUCUCCUUGAAAAGUGCAAACUUCUGAGGAUUAUCCACCACCAUGAAUUUCUUCAGGAGCCCCUGGAUCACCUCGCUCACCGUGGUUGUACUGCUAAUGUGGAGCUGCUUGAUGGCAUCUAGCGGCAAGUAGAAAGAAGUUCUCUUGUCUGUCAUGUCAGCCAGGUUCACCUCUUUGAGGGCAUCGUAAAUGGACUGUGGCCGGAUCCCUGCUGGUACCGUCACGGGACGGCGCAAUUUCAGAUGCACUUUAAUGAAGCCUGUGUAAGUUCCAUCAUCGUUCUAAAGCAAAGGAGAUUACAGUCACGUUCCAGCGAGCUUUCGUGGCCCAACACUAAGUCACGCUAAUCUUUUUACCCCCCAACACGAGGGGCCUUCUGAUCUACUAACUACAGGCUUCAGCCUGUGGGAUGAUUGCAGAAGAACUUUCCACUGUACUUAGUGUGCUGUUAGGAGUUUGAGGGUUUUUUAUUAAUCAUGUAAAAAGUAACCAGUAAUUUAGGUUAGUCACUACCAAAUUUUUCCUGUUCCCUACUAUUCCAUAAUGACUCAUCUGUUCCUAGCAUCUGUGCUACCUUGCCCUAUUUAAAAAUGAUCUUGCUGCAAGUUAGCUAUGGAAAACAUUAUAUAUAACUGGCAGUUGCACUUAAACACAAAUUUGAAAACUCUGUGUGGGUCUCCACCUCUAGUGUUCAGCUGGAUCUCCUAACUGUAUUUCUGAAGUUUUAUUCCCAGAUUAUGAGAGUCUCUAUCUGCAUGUAUAAACCAUCAUUCAAGAUCAGCUUGUCUCACAGUAGGUCCCUUACCCUAUCCCUCAACUCUAAAAAAAUCAAAGAAAAAGUGUGGCUACCUACAGACAAUAAUAAACUGAACAACCCACCUCAGAUGCCUUGAGAGGGCUGCCACUAGGGGCAUAUGAACGGCUCUCAGGUUCCUGCAUUGUGUUUUUGCUAAGCUUAAAUAAAAGUAUCACAAGAAUAAA